UGUCUGGUUACAAGGCUUUCUAAAAGCCAGUUUAGUCGACAACGACAUGUUUGAAGGCUUAGUUACUGCGCUUCUUAACAAGUUCUUGGGGCCGUACAUCAAGAACCUCGACUCUUCGCAACUCAAACUGAGCAUUUUCAGCGGCAAUGUUUCGCUGGAAGAUUUGGAAGUCAAACCGGAUGCUCUAGCAGAUAAGAAUUUACCUAUUCGAGUUCAUGCUGGAUUUCUUCACGAACUUCGGUUAAAGAUUCCUUGGAGGUCACUGUACACUGAACCAACAAUUGUAGUUAUUGAUGGUGUGUAUCUGAUAGUGGGACCAACUACGGGAUUUAAAUAUGAUGCUGAAACUGCUAAGAAAGAAGCCAGAGAGAAGAAACAGAAGGAGCUGGAGCAGAUAGAAGAAAAGAAGAGGAUUGAAAGAGAGGGUAAACCAGAGGAAAAGAGCGAUGGCUUUGUUGAGAAGAUGGUCACUCAGAUCAUAAAGAAUCUACAGGUCACAGUGAAGAACGUUCACAUUCGCUAUGAGGAUGAAGUAACAUGUCCUGGGUCACCUUUUGCCAUUGGAGUGACACUUCAAGAAGUUUUUGCCAAAACAGUUGACAUUAACUGGAAGGAGGCAGUCAUAAAAGAUGCUGUUCAGCAGAUUCGGAAGCUUGUAGGCAUUAGAAACCUUGCUGCUUAUGUGGAGACGAACGCACAAUGUUUAGCUGGUUUGCCACUAGCAGAGUGGAAGGAUGGACUUACUGACAGGAUAAGGAGAAACAGCAAGAGUCCUCCUGACGGUAUAUUGUGA